AUGGGUUGAUAUGGAAGUAGUGAAGCCAACGGCAACAACUCCAACAGGAAUAAUCAGACUAGAAGGAGUACUGGAGGCGGAAGACAAAGAUCAGGAGGAAACUACCUCCCUAACCCAAGGAUUGAGAAGAUCAUUGAAGGCAAGUUUGUGGGGGAAGGUAUAAAAUGAACCCCUGCUUAUGAAUGAAAGGUGGACGAAGAAGGGCUUUUAAAGUACAGAGAGGAAUUUUGGAGCACUAGAACUCAGGGCAACCCAGAGAUCUGGGCUGUCAUUAGAAACUCAAUAGAUGCAGAGCCUGCUGAUGCAGAAGCAAUGAUCAAGGCGACUGGAUUAACUCCACAUGCUGGAAUCAUGACAUUAAUAUUUGACGAGAAUAAGUAUCCUUACAGAAUCCCAAUCGCAUGCAUCAACGAGCCUGAUUCUUUCAAGCCAAGUGAUGCGGACUUAAUUGAUACAAAAGAUAAGCCAGCUGAGGAAGAGUUAGAAGAGAUCAAGAUUAGAACUAUUGGAGAAGAAGAUUAUGAAUUUGAUGUGAGCAAUUACACAUUAAUAAGCGAGCUUAAGGUUCAGUAUCUGGAUCAGAUAAGCAAAUCUGAUACAGAAUUAGAAAAUUGAGUAUUCAUCUUUGGUGGCAGAAAACUAUCAGAUAAGCUUCCAUUAUAUGCAAUCCCUCAUUUGAAAUCCAAGACAGUGAUAAUCUGUAUGUUGGUUAAAUAAUACAUAAAAAUGUGCUGUA